AUGAUAAAAGGACUAGUGGCUCAGUCCCAUGCACAACAGCAAAUGAUGACUCAAAAUCAAUCUUUGUUCAAUCAACAAAGUUCUGCCAUCAGAAACCUGGAAACGCAAGUCAGUCAACUUGCUCUUAAUCAGAAUAGUAGAGCCCUUGGUACUUUGCCUAGUAACACUAAAGUCCCGAGAGAUCUAGGAAAAGAACAUGUGAAGGUAGUGACUCUUAGGAGUGGUAAGGAAUUAACUGAGAUCAUACCAAAAGAAAGUGAACAAGUUGUGUCUAAACCUGAGACUAUACCUAUGGUCCCUGUUACUGAAAGUCCACCAAAACCUUUGGAUAACCCACUUCCUGAGACCACCACCUUUGUUCCUCCUAAGUCGGACUAUCCUUUGUUAUUCCCAGAAGAAGUUUCUAGGAAAAAGCCAAUUGAGGAUGAGGUUAUAACAGGUCCAAAAACCAAAGUUGUAAUCUCAUCUGAACCUCAAGAAAGUAAGACCAAGACUCUAGGUACUCUGGACCCAUCUUGCUCAACACAACCUGACAAAGCUAUCAUAAAGCCAGUUCCUCUUUAUGUUCCUUUCCCCCAAAGGUUAAAGAAUCAAAAGGAAGAACUGCAAUUCAAAAAGUUUUUGGAAGUGUUUAAAGCAUUGCACAUCAACAUACCUCUUGUUGAAGCAAUUGAGCAGAUGCCCAGUUAUGCCAAGUUCCUUAAAGAUAUAUUGAGUAAGAAGAAGAAAUUAACUGAAUAUGAGACCGUAGCUCUUACCGAGGGAUGCAGUGGAAAGGAGAUUGGUAAAGCAUUAUGUGAUUUGGGAGCUAGUAUCAACCUUAUGUCUUUGUCUGUUUUCAACACCCUAGGCAUAGGAGAAGCUAGACCCACCACUGUCACCUUGCAAUUGGCCAAUAGAAGCAUAGCUUAUCCUAAAGGUAAGAUUGAGGAUGUCUUAGUUCAGGUUGACAAAUUCAUCUUUCCGGCUGAUUUCAUCAUCCUUGAUUUUGAGGCUGAUAAAGAUAUUCCCAUAAUCUUAGGAAGACCUUUCUUAGCCACUGGUGGAACUUUGAUUGAUGUCUAA